AACACACCCAAAAAUUUUCUCUCUCUUCUUCUUCUCUCUUCUUCUUUCUCUCUCCUCCUUCUUUGAUCCAUGGGAGAGGAACUUCAACCUUAAACAAAACAACAACAACAACAAAAAAAACCCACACAACCCAGAAGAAAAACUCUAACUAUUUAGUUUAUUUAUCUUUUUCCUAAUUCUACAAUCAAAUUCGAUUGUUGAAAAUUGAAAUCCCUAGUUUUUGAAAAUCCCUCAAUGCGGUCUUGUAGAAGACCGAAUAAGAAAAACCGAAACUUUUCCGAUCUAAUCACGAGCCAGAUUGAAAAGCGAUCGAAAUUUGAGUUCCAUUAUUACUGGUUCGAAUCAAUUAUUAUUAGUGUUGGAUCUAAAUCUGAUGUUGUGCGUUUUGAUGAAAUGGGUUUGGUUAUUGUUGUUGUCGUUUUGGGAUUACUAUUCAUUUGCUAGGGUUAUUGUGGCAGUGAGGCUGCAUAUGCAUAAACGACGAUGCAGCUUCACUUCUCGCCUAGUAUGAGAAGCAUCACUAUUUCGAGCACCACAAACAAUGGGUUUAUUGACUUAAUGAAGAUCAAGGUCGCAGCUCGUCACAUUUCCUAUCGAACCCUUUUUCACACCAUUCUUAUCCUUGCUUUUUUGUUACCUUUUGUUUUCAUUCUCACUGCUCUUGUUACCCUUGAAGGUGUCAACAAGUGCUCCUCUUUUGAUUGUUUAGGCAGGCGGUUAGGACCUAGGCUUCUUGGCAGGGUUGACGAUUCAGGGAGACUAGUUAGAGAUUUUUACAAGAUCCUUAACGAAGUGAAGACCGGGGAACUUCCAGCUGAUCUGAAGCUGCCAGAUUCCUUCGAUCAACUUGUUUCUGAUAUGAACAACAAUCAAUAUGAUGCGAAAACUUUUGCAUUCAUGUUAAGGGGAAUGAUGGAGAAAUUUGAGAGAGAAAUCAGAGAGUCUAAAUUUGCAGAGCUGAUGAACAAACACUUUGCGGCAAGUUCUAUUCCCAAAGGGAUUCAUUGUCUGUCUUUGCGUUUGACCGACGAAUAUUCAUCAAAUGCCCAUGCACGGAAACAAUUGCCUCCUCCCGAGUUACUUCCCCUACUGUCUGACAACACUUACCACCAUUUUAUUCUAUCGACCGAUAACAUUUUGGCUGCUUCAGUAGUUGUUAAUUCUGCCGUCCAGUCGUCUCUGAAACCUGAAAAGAUAGUCUUCCAUGUAAUCACCGAUAAAAAAACUUAUGCUGGUAUGCACUCGUGGUUUGCACUAAAUCCACCCUCCCCUGCUGUAGUUGAAAUCAAAGGCAUUCACCAGUUUGACUGGUUAACAAGAGAAAAUGUACCUGUACUUGAAGCUGUCGAAAAUCAAAAUGGAAUCAGGAAUUACUAUCAUGGAAAUCAUAUUGCCGGAACCAAUCUCAGUGAUACCAAUCCGCGUAAAUUUGCAUCGAAAUUGCAAGCCAGAAGCCCGAAGUACAUAUCUUUACUCAACCAUCUGCGCAUAUAUCUACCAGAGCUUUUCCCAAACCUUGACAAAGUGGUCUUUUUGGAUGAUGAUGUGGUGAUUCAGCGCGACUUGUCUCCACUUUGGGAAAUUGACCUUGAAGGAAAGGUAAAUGGGGCUGUCGAAACAUGCCGAGGUGAAGAUGAGUGGGUAAUGUCUAAACAUUUUAGGAACUACUUCAAUUUUUCCCAUCCCCUCAUUUCAAACCAUUUGGACCCUGAUGAGUGUGCAUGGGCUUAUGGAAUGAAUAUUUUCGAUCUCGGUGCAUGGAGACAGACUAAUAUAAGAGAGACAUAUCACUCCUGGCUGAAAGAGAAUCUGAGGUCAAACCUGACAAUGUGGAAGCUAGGAACCUUACCUCCGGCGUUGAUCGCAUUUAGAGGUCAUGUUCAUCCAAUUGAUCCCUCUUGGCACAUGCUUGGCUUGGGUUACCAAAACAAUACCAAUUUCGAGAGCGUGAAAAAGGCUGCUGUUAUUCACUACAACGGCCAGUCGAAACCCUGGUUGCCAAUUGGCUUUGAACACCUUCGGCCAUUUUGGACCAAAUAUGUCAAUUAUUCAAAUGAUUUUGUGAGGAACUGUCAUAUCCUGGAAUCAUAGUCCGCCAACGACGAGCUCUAUGGUUUGAUUUGUACAACAGUGAAUAUGAAAGGGACCGAAUUUUCAUCUAAAUUUUUUGUGUCUUGAGAUUUUCUUCAAGACUAUAGAAAAAAAAAUGGUUGCGAGGGCAAAGCAAUUAAAAAACUUUGUUGGUGGAUUUGCUACCAUUCCCUACAUUUUUGCAGACAGAGUUACAUUACAGUCUCUACGUGGCUAUGAGAAUCAUUUUGAAUCCUUGAGUUGUGACAUGAAAACACAUCCUCUAUUUUUGGUUGGUGAAAAAGGAUACUAUUAUUGAUUCAUCUAUGGAACAAAUAUAACAAGGAUUCCGUAGUUGAAUAUAUUGGAGAAUAAACUGAAUGGUAGAGAUAUAAAAAAAAAAAGUCACAUGGGCCUGUUUCAUCAAUCUUGUUGGUGUUGAGAACAUUACUACUAGGACAGUUAAUUUGUGAGGUUCCCCUCUCUCUAGAGAAUCAUUUUUUUAGUUUAAUUUUUGUUAUUACCAAUUUUUACCCUUCACCUACUUUGAUUUGUUAUUAUGAUUCAUAUAUGAUGGUGAAUUCUAGGAGUAGUUCAUGAGAUUGCUUUGUUACAGGUCCAUUGAAUUGGGGAACUGUUUGUAGGAUAAAUAUAUAUUGUUAUUCAUUAUGUAAGACUACAAGACAUUGGAAAUGUGCAGAAAAUUAUUUUUUCAUUCUCUUCA